AUGAUCUCAACAAAUUCAUCAAAUAUAACUGAUACUAACCUUCGUAUCAGUGUAAUAGGUUUAGAUAGACUUGGCAGUUCAAUGGUUGCCGUUUUUGCAGCUAAAGGCUACCAUGUAAUUGGUUUAGAUAUCAACAAUCAACUUGUCGACGCAUUAGAAAGAGGAGAAGCUCCUGUGCAUGAACCUCAACUACAAGAAAUGAUUGAUCAAUAUAAAACUAACAUCGAAACUACAAUGGAUUAUUACAAGGCCAUAAGUGAAACAGAUAUGACAAUGAUUGCUGUCUCAACACUAUUAAACUCAAAUACUGGAUGUUUCAGUAAUGAUAAAGUGCUUGUGGCAAUCAAAGAAAUUGGAAAUGUUAUAAAAACAUGUAAUAAAUAUCACCAAGUAAUUAUUCUAUCAACAGUUAUGCCAACUUCGUCAGGUGGAAUUAUUCGUAGUGUUUUAGAAUCAUCGUCUGGUCGAAAAGUUGGCUGUCUAGAUAGUGAAAUUGGUUUGGCAUACAAUCCUGAGUUUACUAUAUCAGGACAGAUUAUUAAAAAUAUGUUAAAUCCAUAUUUCAUUCUUAUCGGCGAAAGUGACAAACGUACUGGAGAUGCUUUGAAAGAAUUAUAUUUAAAAAUAGUUACUAAACCAUCAUUAUCAAUUCAUCGAAUGAAUUUAAUCAAUGCAGAAAUAACUAAACUAGCUAUCAAUACGUAUAUGACAACUAGCAUCACUUAUGCUAAUAUGAUUAGUGAAUUAUGUGAAAAUUUCUCAGAAGCCGAUUCUGAUAUUGUUUGUGCUGCGAUUAAUUGCAAUUUUCCUAUUGAAAAUAAAUAUUUAAAAAGUGCAUUAACAUAUGGAAGACCAUGGUUGACAAGAGACACUGAUGCAUUCGUUACCUUAGCCAAGUCUGUCAAUGCUAAUCCAUUAUUAGUUGAAGCAACUGAUCAGUUAAAUAAUUAUCAAGUGAAAAGACUGGUAAAAAUAUGUAAACAGUUAACAGAACUUCGUUCUGAUGGUACUUUAUACAUUAAAUCAAAAGUCGGUAUAUUAGGAUUACCUUAUAUUUCGGAUACAUCUAUUGCAGAACGUUCAACUACUUGUAUUUUAGCUAAUGAACUUAUUAACAACUUUGAUGUUUGUGUCUAUGAGAUGUUCAGCAUUUCUUUUGCCUCUCACAUAUAUGAUCAACGUGUGCAAUUAAUUAAUUCUAUUGAUACACUUCUUUAUGAAGAACACAUUGAUAUUUUGUUAAUCAUGGCUGUUUCAAAUCAUUGGGAUAAUAUUAUGUUUAAUCGUAUAGAGAAAAAACCUUUAUACAUAGUUGAUUGUUGGCGAUUACUUGAUAGUGAAAAAAUUGAGAAAACAUACCAUCAUAUUCGUAUUAUAUCAUUAGGAAAUGGCGAUUCAAUGAUGGAACUUAAACAACGAAAAAAUUUAGACGAAAAGUAUGAAAGAAAAUUAAAUGAAUAUUCCAUUAAUAUUUGUAGUCAACUUCGUAUAUUAGUGGCUGGUGGAGCAGGUUUUAUUGGCAGUCACUUAGCUCGUCGUCUACUAAAAGAAGGUCAUUAUGUUAUAUGUGCUGACUGGAAGAAAAAUGAAUAUUUUCCAGAAAAAGAGUUCUGCAAUAAGUUUUUGCAUAUGGAUUUGCGCACAUUACAUAAUUGUUUAAUAGCAACCAAAGAUUGUGACUGGGUAUUUAACUUAUCUGCUGAUAUGGGAGGAAUGGGAUUUAUUCAAUCGAACAAUUCAGUAAUUUUAUUCAAUAAUACGAUGAUUUCGUUUAAUAUGAUAGAAGCUGCUAGACAAAAUAGUGUUCAAAGAUUUUUUUAUGCUUCAUCUGCAUGUGUUUAUCCUGAAAGUAUCCAAGCUGAAGAAAAUAUUGAAGCUCUCAGAGAGGAACAAGCCUGGCCUGCAAAACCACAAGAUGCUUAUGGUUUAGAAAAACUAGUAUCAGAAGAACUUGCAAUACACUAUGCAAAGGAUUUUCAAAAGAUGGAAACUAGAAUUGGAAGAUUUCAUAAUAUUUAUGGACCGUUUGGACAAUGGAAUGGAGGUAAAGAGAAGGCUCCAGCAGCAUUUUGCCGAAAAGUGCUGGUAGCACACGAAGGAGAGAACCAUGGUGUAGUUACUGUCUGGGGCGACGGAAAACAAACGCGAUCAUUUUGUUAUAUUGAUGAUUGUAUUGAUGGAAUAAUCCGUUUGAUGCAAUCAGACUAUACUCUACCGUUGAAUAUUGGUUCCAAUGAAAUGGUUUCUGUUAAUGAUAUGAUAGAUAUAAUCUGUCAAAUCGAACAGAUUAGUAUUACAUUGAAACAUAUUUCGGGACCGGAAGGUGUUAGAGGAAGAAACUCUGAUAAUACUUUAAUUAAUAAGGUUUUGCAAUGGUCACCUUCAAUAACACUAAGUGAUGGACUCAAGAGUACUUAUAAAUUCAUUAAAAAUGAAUUAGAAUUAGAAAAAAAGAAUGAAAUGAACAUCUCGAGUGAUGAUAAUUAUCCUUAUCCUGGAUUACGACAUCUGCGAACAAAUUUUAAAUGUCAAAUUGUUAUAGCUCAACUUUUGAAUAAAACAAUGGUAUUUCCCAAAUCUGUUGGUAUUCCGACAUUUCAUUCACAAUCCCUUUUAUAUCCAAUUCAAAACAAAUUUAUAACAAUAUCAACUGAAAGCAUCAUAAAUGUCAAACUAUUAUCAUUAUAUUUUGAUGUUGUUUCAUACGAUGAUGUCACUCUUAAUCAAAAUAAUUCAGUUAUAUGCUCGUUUCAUACUUUUCCUCUUGUUCAGAAGCACCAAUAUUCCUGCUGGCAAGAAUUAUGUGCAUACAAUCCACCGCAAUUUCCAACAAAAUAUUCUAUGAAACAUGUAGAAGACAACUUUUAUCGUCAUCAACAACCAACAUAUUUGCAAGAUCUAGCACAUAAAUUGAUUUCAAAAAUCAAAUCAGCGUUUUAUACAGCGAUUCACAUCAGGCGAGGCGAUAAAUUGAGAGAACCUCGAUACAAGAAUAAACUUGACAAUUGUACAAGACCAUCUUGGAUAAGAGAAAAGUUAAAUUCCUGUGGUAUCUCACAUGGCUCAAUUUAUCUAGCAACAAAUGAAUAUCAACCCAAUUUCUUUGAUUCCUUAACUCAGUGGUAUACAGUAUAUACAAUAACAAAUUUUUCAAUAUUUAUAAAUGAAACUAUAAAACAAAAUCCAUAUGCACUUAUUAUUAUUGAUGAAAUUAUUUAUUCAAACGCAAAAGUAAAAGUUUCAACAUUUAUCGAACCAUACACAAAUAGAUCUUUUUGUCCAUUUGGUCGAGCUGGUAUUCAACAUUAA